AUGUAUACAAUAGCCGGAAAGGAGGUUACGGUAGAAAGGCUUACCAACUGGUAUGACGGAAAGAAGAUAAACUGUGUUCAUAUCGAGUCGUAUGGAAAAGAAGAAUUGCCGAUUAUCGACAGACGCGAAGUCCACAUCGAUGUAUGGUGUAAGUGGUUGUCUGAUGAUAUCCCACUAACCACAGUUGCUGAGAAUUCAGAUCGGCCGGAGUUCUACAAGUCUUCUAUCGAGCAAUACGCAAUCGUUGAUGAGAAAAUCCGUGAGGUGGAGUUGCACUGCUCAGUUGCUGCAUCAAACCCACCUGUGAUUUCUUUCACUUUUUACCGUGGCCCCACUGAAUUGACUGAUUCAACAAAAUACAAUCUAACGACAGAAAAAACUCGUAGUAAAGCUACUCUUAAGGUUUUCAAUGUUGAUGAAAACGAUCUGGGCGAAUACCGUUGUGAGGUCAAUAAUGGGAAAGCGAAAAACUCUUUGAUAAUUCAUCUCAAAGAAACGAGCCCUCCUUCGGAGCCAAGGGUUACAUUGUAUGAUGUGAAAGAAAAUGCUAUAACUUGGAAGAUCGAAGAUAGACAGGAAGAAGGCGAGCUACCGAUAAAAGAAGUAGAAAUCAACUACUUGCGGCAGUCAAUUGUCGACGAGAAACUCGAAGAGAAUGAGGAAGACGUACUCAACAGUGACAGGUUCUGGAACGACUACGGCGUGAAGCAGAAACGACAAAAAAGUAGAUCGGGACUAUACGAGAUUUCUGGACUGCUCAAAGAUGCUGAUUACAUAUUCAAAUUUCGUCGUUUAAGUGAAGCCGGAGAAGGUCCAUCUGUUCUACUCAGAGCAAGAACUAAUAAGGAUAAGUUGCUAGUGCACGACGUCAAAAACUCACGACAAGUUUCAUCCUCAUCAGCUCUAUCUUUCUUCAUUUCGGUCCUCAUGACGCGUCUCAUUCUGUGCAACUGGUUCCUGUGA